UCGGUUUGUUUACAUUCUUUUGGAGCAGUAAACACGCGUGAAAUUUAAAUUAUUAAUGAAAACUAAGGAAAAUAAUAAAACUAUGCCAGCAGUAAAGCAGGAACUUAAAAUUGAAGAUAAACUUCAAAAAAUCAGUCAAGGUCUGCUAAAACUAACAGCCGAACCUGAUAAAUUUCUCAUUGCCCAGCCAGAAAAAACCCAGGACAUACAACAAAUGUUACAAAAGUUAUAUGGCAUUGCCAUAGAAAGUGACUUUGUUAACAAUACAAAUCUAGAAAUUCUACCCGAAUUGGUGGUCCAGGAUAUGGAUGAGGAGCAGAUAUGGCAACAGCUGGAGCUACGUAAUGGUGCAGUUUUUGAGGAAAUGAUAAAGACAACAGCAAAUUUAAUGGCUUUAAGGGAGCAAAAACUUGAAGUUCAUUUGAAAGAGGAGGAAGACGGAGAAGCAGAAGAGGAGGAGCAGGAAGAAGAUAGUAAUGACGAGAUGGAUCAAGAUUUGGAGGAAAAUGACAAUGAUAUGAAUCAAGAUAUAGACGAAUCUGGUGCAGAGAAUGAGGAGUUGGAGGAAAGUGAAGAUGAAGAUUUGUUUGAGGCCCAAAAGAAACCUAAAAAGAAGUCGAAACGUUCAUCUGUAGUGGAUGACAAAUUCUUUAAACUUGAUGAAAUGGAAGCCUUUUUGGAGGCCGAAGAGGCCAAAGAUGCCCGCAAAGCUAAGGGUAAACUCUUGGCCACCGACGAUGAUGGCAUUGAUUAUUUUGAUGAAGAUUUGGGAGAUGACGAAUCGGAGGAUGAAGAAUCAAAUCCCAAUUAUAAAGACUUUUUCGAUGAUGAUGUGGAAGAAGAGGAGGGCAAGGCCGAAGAGGAAUAUGCAAGAACUUCAAAAGAGGGGAAAAAAGAUAAUAAAAAGAAACAUCAAAAAGAUCAUUUUGAGGAUGAAGAGGAAGAAGUAGAGGAGGAAGAUGAUGAGGAAUAUGCUGAAAAUGAGGCAGAUGAAAACCAUAUGGACAGUGAUGUUGUUAAACAAGUUGCUGAAAAUUCCGAUGAACAUGAUUCUGAAGAUUCUGAUGAGGACACCAAAGAUGAGGAGCCAAAAUCCUCUUUUGAAGUAAGACAAUCCCGUUUGGAACAGCGUAUACGUGAUUAUGAAGACGAAGUUUUGGGUGAAAAACCUUGGCAGCUAAAGGGUGAAGUUCAAGCAACAAAUCGUCCUCAAAAUUCAUUGCUGGAAGAAGUUUUGGAAUUUGAAUCCACGGUAAGACCAGCUCCAGUAAUCACCGAAGAGACCACCCGUAGUUUGGAGGAUAUAAUUAAACAACGCAUUAAAGACAAAGCUUGGGAUGAUGUGGAACGCACUGUCAAACCCACUCACACGCCUCAAGAAUAUCGCAAACAAUUGGUUUUGGAUCAGGAGAAAUCCAAAGAAUCACUGGCUCACAUCUACGAAAAGGAAUACCAACGUGAGUUGGACAAACUCAAUCCCAAUAAGGAUGCCAACGAAGCCGAAGAGCCGAAGGAGCAUAAGGAAAUACGUAGCCUUAUGCGAGAUUUGUUUAUCAAACUUGAUGCACUGUCCAAUUUCCAUUUCACACCCAAACCUGUGGCUCCGGAACCCAAAAUUAUUACCAACACACCGGCUGUGGCCAUGGAAGAAGUUGCACCAGUGGCUGUCAGUGAUGCCAAGUUGUUAGCACCUGAGGAAGUAUUUCGUGGUCCCAAACAUGAAUUGGUUGGCAAAUCAGAACGCACAAAGACUGAUAAGAAUCGCGCCAUACGUAAAAAGAAAUCCAAACAAAGGGCCAUACAUUCUGCCUUGGAGGCAAAGGAUUUACAAAAGCAGAAAAUGGGAAUACCAUUGACAAAGAAGGAGGAGAGUGCCAAACUAAUGAAGAAAUUAACCAAACAGAGAAAUGUAGAAAAGGUUACUGCCAGCAACGAUCAAGGAGCUCUCAAAUCGUCCAAGGCUUUCUUCAACAAAUUGCAAGAUCAAACAACAAGCAACAACAGCAGCAGCACAACGAAAAUCAACAAAAGGAAACAACAAGAAGCCAAAUCAUUGUCAGCAAAAAAACUAAAACUUUAGAAUUAAACAAAAUAAUGUACAGAAUACUGACUUGUUUUUAAAUUAGGAAAAAACCUUAUAAUGAAAAUACAA